GGAAGCGGCGGGUGCAGGUUACCGCGGCCGGGUCGCAGCGCUGCAGACAUGCCGGGUGCUACCGAGCUCGGCUCGGAGCUGUCGGAGCAGAUCGAGGCGUUCGUGACGCGGCUGCGGGGCGGCGGGGAGCGGCCGCGCUCCGAGGACACGGCGCGGCAAACGCUUUCGCUGUUGCGGAAGAUCAUCGCGCACGGGCGAUGGAGCCGGGCGGGGGAGCUCAUGGAUCUGAUCCGGAGAGAGGGACAGAGGAUGACGGCAGCGCAGCCGUCUGAGACAACCGUGGGCAACAUGGUGCGGCGAGUGCUGAAGGUGAUUCGGGAAGAGUACGGCAGGCUUCAUGGACGCAGUGAGGAAAGUGAUCAGCAAGAAUCCCUGCAUAAACUCCUGACUUCCGGAGGACUGAGCGAGGAUUUCAGCACCCCUUAUCCUCCCCUCAGAGCUAACGUUAUUGAAGCUAUUAAUGAGCUGCUAAUAGAGCUAGAGGGCACCACAGAUAACAUUGCUAUGCAGGCACUGGAGCACAUCCACUCCAAUGAGGUGAUCAUGACCAUCGGCUAUUCACGCACUGUUGAAGCCUUCCUGAAGGAGGCCGCCCGCAAGCGGAAGUUCCAGGUGAUCGUGGCAGAGUGCGCGCCCUUCUGCCAGGGUCAUGAAAUGGCUGUCCGACUGUCUAAAGAGAACAUUGAAACUACUGUCAUGAGUGAUGCAGCCAUUUUUGCCGUCAUGUCUCGAGUCAACAAGGUCAUCAUUGGUACAAAGACAAUCCUGGCCAAUGGCGCCCUGAUUGCUGUGAGUGGGACUCACACUCUGGCAUUGGCAGCUAAACACCACUCCACUCCCCUCAUUGUCUGUGCCCCCAUGUUCAAGCUGUCACCACAGUUCCUUAAUGAAGAAGAUUCAUUCCACAAGUUUGUGUCACCACAGGAAGUGCUGCCAUUCACAGAAGGGGAAAUCCUGGCAAAGAUCAACAUUCACUGCCCAGUGUUUGACUACGUCCCUCCAGAGCUCAUUACUCUCUUCAUUUCCAACAUUGGGGGUAACGCGCCUUCCUACAUCUACCGCCUGAUGAGCGAGCUCUACCAUCCAGAUGACUAUGAGCUCUAACACCAGGAAGCACAGCACCUUCCAGACUUUUCCCAUCUUUAUCUUUGGAAAGAUACAACACCUGAUUAAAGUGCACAGUGUGAAGAUGGGUCGCUGUGGGGAAUCUGCUCAGCACAGUGUCUUUCCUACCCCAAAGCAACAGAAGGCAGAGCUCUUGUAAACGUAUUGAUCCCUGUGCUGUGUUACAAGCCAUAUGGAUUUGCUCACCCACUUCGAUUUUGGAACAGCAAGGCAUGUCUGUAACUCUCUGGGGCAUCUAAGCUGUUGUUUCAAAGUGUGCUGCAAUAAAGUCUGUUUACAGUGACCUCACUGUUAAGCAC